CACCAACAACCAACGAAUGAUUAGAGUUUAAGACAGAGAAGAUCUGUGUGUCACGUAAGACCCAAGCUGUCCGGGCCCUACAUUCCUUUAGGCAUGUCUUUUUACUAUUUAACCGAAUCUUAGCUCUCUUGUUCUUUCACCAGUCGGCAUUUUCUUGAUUUUGGUGAGAGAUUUCAUCAAAAAGAAAAAGACAUUCCCUCGCCGGAAUAAUCACCGGAGACAGAGAAAAAGAAUGGCGUCCCUGAAAUUUCCAUUGGAGAUUCUCGCCGUCUUCGUCAUCAUCUCCGUGAUUCUCUUGCCGAUUGCUCAUUCACAAUCACCUUCGCCAGCUCCAGCACCCACAAGCGAUGGAACAUCGAUAGAUCAGGGGGUAGCGUAUGUUCUAAUGAUGGUGGCUUUGGCGUUGACCUAUUUCAUUCAUUGAACUUGAUGGAUCCUCCAGUUUGUUCUUCCUCCACAAUGGUUUUGUUUCCUAGUGUUUGUGUUCAUAAUCAUUUUGGUCUUUCUUUAUGUUGCUGGAUUGACGUGAGAUUCGUAGAAAGUCAAAAGAUAUUUAGGUUUUGGACAUCGUGCUUUGUUCUUUUUUUGUUGGUUGGAUGAUUCGUGUGUGUGACUUCUUUAUUCUUGUUUAGUGAAAAAAAAACGUAAGUAUAUGUUUUUCAGCCAUGGUGUAAUUAUUCUUUUUUUGUUAUUGAAAAGAAAACCCAUUA